CUGUGGAGAUAACACAUUAGAGAAGGAGUUUACAGAUACCUUUAAAACCCUGAGUCUCCGUGCUUGCAGGAUCAUUUCUUCUCAGUAUCCUGCGCAGCAAUGGAUCAAGACACCAUAAUAAUUAAGGGAGGCUUGUCGGAGACCAGGCCUGCUACUCCAGAAAUCCAGGAGAUCGUAGACAAGGUCAGACCACAGCUUGAAGAGAAAACCAAUCACAAAUAUGAAAAAUUCAAAGCCGUUGAGUAUAAAUCUCAGGUCGUCGCUGGACAAAAUUACUUCAUUAAGAUUGAUUUAGGGUGUAGUCAUUUCCUUCACAUGAAAGUCUACUGUGGCCUUUCUGGAGAAGAUGAUUUGGAACUUCAGGGUUACCAAACUAACAAAACAAAGAAUGAAGAGCUGACCUACUUCUAAGCAGCAAAUUCUAAAGAGACCUGAUUCUUCUCAUUGUAAAGAGA